GAUUUUUGACAUAUUUCAAAUUAUACACGAUUAACGUCAUGGGACGGUCCGAAACGUAAUUUUCGUAAAUAUUAAUUAAUUAUUUUUAAUCUUAAUUUUAAUUUACUUAUAAUGUAUUCUCGAAGUGGCAGCAGUGGUUCUAUUCAAAAUAUACAUAAGACACCGUCUUCGUCAAAUCACAACUCAGAAGAUGAAGAUGAUAGUGGUGAUAAUAAAACUUCUGCACUGAGUUUCAAAGAAAGACGGCGAGAAGCUCAUACUCAGGCGGAGCAAAAACGAAGGGAUGCUAUUAAAAAAGGCUAUGAUUCACUACAAGAACUUGUACCAACCUGCCAACAAACAGAUGCUUCAGGGUAUAAACCAAGCAAAGCUGCUGUACUUCAAAAGUCAAUAGAUUACAUUCAAUACUUGCUGCAACAACGGCGACGUCAAGAUGAGGAGCGUAAUGCACUAAGAAAAGAUGUUGUGGCUCUACGUAUAAUGCAAGCUAAUUACGAACAGAUCGUAAAAGCACAACAUUCUGUACCUGGCCAUAAUGAACAAAGGCUUAGCGAUCAGGAUAAGUUUCAAGUUUUCCAGGGUAUAAUGGAUAAACUUUUCGAAUCCUUUGAGUCGGUUCCAACAAAUAAUUUCGCCGAGUUCUCUGCAGGCGUGUUUAAUUGGUUGGAAGAAUACUGCAAGCCUCAAUCGCUUCGAACUUUAGUGCACGGAGUUUUGCGGGAGCAAAAUUAUACACCAUAGCUAUACAAAAUUAAACAAGAAAUUAAAAAUAAUAUAUAUAUAGUGUUCGAUUCCUAACUACGUUCCUUCAAAUGGGCGGUUCUGUAAGUAUAAUAGAUCACGUUACAUGUAAAAAAAUCCUAGCCCUUUUUUACAUACUUCGUGUUAUAUACGAGAUACUCUGGCAAA